CCUUCUCGAAUAUUUUCUACACCAAGAUUUUAUCCCAACGACACACUUUGCCACUCGUCGACAAUAUGAAUUCAUCAUCGACAGUCCUCUUCUUCGACCUGGACGACACACUCUUCGAUCGGUCCCACUCGAUACUGGCCGGUCUGGAGGCCGUCAAGGCCGCCCAGCCAAGCCUGGCCGAGUUUGGGAUCGAGAGGCUCGAGUACGUCUACCGAAAGAAAGUGGACUUGAAGUUCAAGCAUCAUUUGGGGAGAGUAGCCGAGCGCAGCGACGCCUGGUCGGAGCGUCUACGUCAAGUGUUCACCAAACUUGACGUCCCGGCCCCGAGCAACGAGGAGCUGAAGACGCUGCUGGAAAUCUACGACGCAGCGUACAAGGCCAGCCGACAAGCCACGCACACCACGAUUCAGACGCUCGAACAGCUGAAGAACAAGGGCUUUCGGUUGGCUCUGAUCACAAACGGGGAGCAUGAGACGCAGGCCGAAAAGGCGAAGGCUAUUGGCGUCUCACACUUGUUCGAGGAGAUUAUCUCCUCAGAGGCGGCGGGGCAUUCGAAGCCCGAUGAGGAGAUCUUUGAGUAUGCCCUGAAGAGGAUGGGGGGCGCUAAUCCGUUGAAAUGCGUCAUGAUUGGGAACGAUGUCGUGAAGGACAUGCUCGGUGGUUUUGCGGCGAACAUGCAGAUCAUCUGGUACGAUCCGCGCGCGCCUGAGCCCGAGAUCAUUUUCUUGUUCGGCAGCUCACGGCCAAUUCCGGUCAUCACAAAAAUGCACCAGAUCAUCGGCUACUUGAAGAACUUGGGGUACUGUACUUGAAGCAGGCGACAAGUUUCCGCGACGUGGUGUCUGGUGUAAGAAAGGAGCUGACUGGAGCUGGUCAGGGCGGGCAGGAGUAUAGCAGCGCAUCAACUACCACGCUGCUGGCAUACGUAUUACGAAUGUAUAGCAAAUGCAAUUUUUGAAAGGAACUUGGCAGUCAUUCUUCUAGGUUAUUGACCUAUUCCGAGCAGUGAACUCCUUU